AUGGCGGAUGACAUCACUCCAAAUGACAGAAAGGUUGUCAACACUCUACUAUAUCAAAAGAAUCAAGAGAGUAUAUACUUGGGAGUAGGUGAUAAGAUUAGUAAGAAGAAGAAUAAGAAGCCUAGUAAGAGAAUUAUAUUGAUAACAAAGCAUAGAGUGAUAUUUUUGAAGCCUGGACAGUCAAAGGUGAAGAAGGAGACUCACUUUCUGGAUAUCUUUGAGUUUAGAAGUGCUACACCACAGGAGGCGAUAUUCAUCACGCGCAGCUUCACCUACGGCCUGAUCAGCCCCAAGGCCGACGACAUUGUCAACGCGCUCCGCACCACCUUCUUCCAGACAUUCCCAGGCUGUCCCGAUGACGCCCGCUUCAGGAUCGAGGUGAAGCCCACCUCGCGUCUGGCCGAGCUGCCCACCAAAGACGUGCCGUGUGGCGGCUUUGUCGAGACCUACAGCUCACUGUGCAACUACUUUGGAAUACCGGUGCGUGAGGACAUCUGUUGGGACAUGGCCAACAUCGUCUCACAGCGCAAUAUCAAGACCUUCAACAUCAAUGAGAUUGAGCAGCCCAUCUCCCCAGGCGAUGUCAAGGCACUACUUAGUGCUCUCAAAUGGAACACCUAUUUCAAGUCCAUUGUCUUCACAGGCAAUCAACUUGGAAAGGAUCAGCUCACAUCUUUGGCCGAUGCAAUGAAAUCAAACUCAACGAUCGAGGACCUUUCGUUGGGCAAUGCAGGAAUCAAGGCAGAGACAUUGCCAGUCCUUGCAAUGACAUUGCAGAAUAACAAGAAUGUGGCGGUGACCUCGAUCGAUUUGUCAAACAACCCGAUCGAGGACAAGGGCAUGCAGGUGUUUGCCAACUAUAUUGCGGCGUCCAAUCGAGGCAUUGCCUCGAUGAACUUUGCCAACUGUGCCAUGGGCAAGUCUGGCAUCACCUAUUUAACGACGGCACUCAAGAAGAACAUCAAGAUGCCGCUUACUCUCACCCAUCUCGACCUUUCAAACAACAAGAUGGACGCCGACGGUAGUGCCUCGCUGUCGGCCUUCCUCGCCAGCCCCAACGCCUUGCGCUCCCUGUGCAUUGCCAACACACUGCCAACAAUGGAGACUAUUGUUGGCGCUUUGGUGCGUGGAUGUCUAGAACUCCGUCAUCUGGAUAUCUCUGACAAUCGUCUCGCCAAGAAGGACAUCCCUCACCUGGUGCGAUUCUUUGGCUCAUCGUCCACACUCAAGUACAUCAACAUCAGUAACACAAAGAUACCCAUCGAACAUCUCAAGGAGAUCGUCGUAUCAAUCUCAUCAAACCUCUAUCUCCAAGAUAUUGUCUUUGAUUGCAAGGUCAAUGAGUUGGGCAUUGGAGGAGCACGUCUGUUUGCAUCGCUGGCUGAUAAGAUACCAAACAUUCAUACAUUGGAUGUGUCGGAGAAUGACUUUUGCGAUGAAGGUGUUGCUGUGAUAUGUGAGGGAUUCAUCCAGAACACUUCAGUGAGGAAGUUGAUAUUGAAUGGUAACUUUAAGGUAUCAAAGACUAAGUCCAGAGCUGCCACAGUCGAGUCUGUUAUUGGUCUGCUCGAAGCAUCCACGCCACUUGAAGCCCUACACAUGACCAAUGGCUCAGGCAAGUAUCAUCUCAAGAAUGACUUGCUGCCAUUGAUAUAUGCUCUCGCGACCAAUGACACACUGGUCGAACUCGACAUCACUGGACAUCUGAUGGGCAACAAGGGUGCCAUCGCACUUGGCAAGGCCCUGCAGACGAACAAAGCCCUCCAGACUCUGGUCUGGGAUGAGAACGCCACUGGCGUCGUUGGAUUCAUUGGUUUCACCACUGGACUUGAGCGUAACCUCACUUUGAAGAACAUGCCCAAGCCACUCCUGGACAUCAUGAAGGCAUACAGUGAGAGCCCAGUCAGAUUAUCCAACCUGCUCAAAGACAUUGAUCACUAUAUCAACCGCAAUCAGAGUCCAUUACGUCAAUUCCAUGACACCAACCAGGGCGGAACGUCAAUUGGCUCUACCAAUUUGGCAUUCUUAGCGAGUGGACAGCAGCAAAACAUUGAGAAGUUGCUCAACAAGAUCAAGUCUGUUGGAAAGAAGUCCACCGAUCCACAUCAUCUUGUAGUGAUCAAGGAUGCCGAGAACACCGAGAAAGUUGUUGGAGGCCUGCACCUUGUCAAGGAGUCUGUGCACGCCAGUCUAGAGCUCGAGCUCAACAAGAAGUUGAAAGAGUUUGUCGACGUCGUGGCCGAUGUGAUCAAUCAGAAGAGAGAAGAGAUGUUGCAACAGAUUGUGCAGACCAUGCAAGGCACAUUCAAAUCAUUCGAUCAGCAGACGUAUAAGCGACUUGCCACUGGAAUACAGUAUGGCGCCAAGGACUUUGACGAGACCAACAUCGAAGAGACACUGGUCAAGGGUGCCGGUGCUGAGAUGAGCAACAGGGUGCACGAGUGUUUCAUCUCUGCGCUUGAGAUUGCAUCGGACUACACCUAUGAGAAGAUUGGCAAUGGUCUCGAAGAUGCAUACCAAGACAUCAUCCGCGACGAUGAGAUAAGCAUCGGAAUGAAUGAACGAAGACCUUCGGACGCAAUGCCCGAAACACCAACCAAGACAACUCCACAGUUUGCGACACCAGAGAAAACACCAAUCUCGUCCACACCAACAACAUCCUCUCCUUUGGCCGCUGUGGCGACACCAACACCAACACCCACACCUACCCCAGAGAAGAUACCAAUAGCAACACCUGUCGUAGUGGCACCAACCCCAGUUCCUACUCCAGCCGCACCAGUAGCAGUCGCCGUGACUGCACCAGCAGCAGCAGCUGUACCAGUAGUAGUCCCCGAGCCAGUCGUCGAGAAACCACCAACUCCCACCAAGGUAGAGAGAUCUCCAUCAACUGGAAAGGAACAAACAACUACCCCAUCAAUCCCUCCUGCCUCCACACCUGCACCAGUAGCCGUUCCAAGUGUGGUUGUUCCAGCAAAACCAGUUGAGGAAGUAUCUGUGAAACCAGUCCAGACUCCAGCCGUCCCUGACUCCUCUGUAUCAGCCCCGUCAACUGUUACAGCUCCCAAGCCAUCUCAAGCCCCUGAGUCCAUCCCAGACACAUCAUCUACUCAGAAGGCGGUACCAGCGGCUACCACGGUUCCUGUUACUGCAUCAGCUCCAACAACAGUGGCUGUCACACCUGCCGCAACGCCAGCUGUAGUCCCAACAGCAUCUGUUGCUGUCACACCUUCAGCCCCGGCAGCUACUCCUGCCACAGUUUCCGCUCCAGUGGUUACUCCCGCCCCCGCUGCACAAGCAACUGCUACCCCGGCCGCUACUCCAGCUGUUACCCCGGCUGCUACCCCUUCAGUUACCCCUGCCGCUGCUCCUGCUUCCAUCGCAACCCCUUCUGCUACCCCUGCCGCCCCAGCAGUCGCAUCUACUUCUGCCCCGGCUCCAGCCGCUGCUCCUGCCACUACACCUGCAGUUGUUACCCCUGCCGCUGCUAUCACACCUGUUGCUGCACCUGUCAAUAAUACACCAGUUACACCAGCUGCACCAGCCACUGUGUCCCCAGUCGCUACCACUACACCAACACCUGCUGCUACACCAGUCACAAGCCAGGCGGCAGUAUCAAAGCCACCAUCUACCCCAGCCCCAGCAAUACCAACCGUGUCUAAGCCGCCAUCAACACCAGCUCCAGCUAUUCCCACCACCACAACAUCCAAACCACCUUCAACACCAGCUCCAGCUGUCCCGACGUCAGCAGCACAGAAGCCUCCACCCAUCACAUCAAAGCCACCUGUCGGUGUCAAGCCACAACCACCUCCACAAGCCAACAAACCAACGAAUCUGUCAUCGGAUCCAGCUCCAUCAUCUGCGACAAGCACAACAACUCCAAGCAAUCCAACUGGACCUACUUUCAAACCUGGUAUCAAGGUCAAUGCUAACCCGGCCUUGGCAGCUGCCAUUGCCAGAAACAUUGGUGGCGGUGGUCCUCCACCCAUCAGGAAGCCUGCCGCACCAGAGCCAACUCCAGAGCCAGCACCCACCACAUCCUCCUCUGCACCACCCAAGACUAAGCCACCUGCACCAACCAGAGCAUCGAUGGCAGUCAAGAAGGGUGGCGCCGAUGGUGAGUUAUCGGCUGUUCCAGACACCGACUCUGAUCAGCUGACUCACCUUACCAAGGGCAGACCACAAGUGGCUCACAAGAGAAAGCCUCCAACUAGAAGACCACGUCCACCCACCGAGUAA